CUCCCCUCUGUUGUUGCAGACGGGCAGAAAUCGCUCGAAGCUUUCUCUAUUCAGCUCGGAGAUCCAGCGCGUGUUCAGCCAUGCCAAAACGAAUACUUCCCCUGUCAACUCUGUGAAGCGUAGUGAUACUGGCACAGCGUUAAGCGCCCCAAGGUGAACUAAUCUUAAGGUUACAACACAUUUGUUGUUUUCAUUUUUUUUAUUUUAUUCCUGGAAUAGAGUGAUUCCUUUUUAGUGCACUCGCUUUGUCUGCAUUGCAUUUUAGCGCACUCACAACCUUUCACCAUUACUUCCCAAAGCAAAACAGACUUUUUAGCGCUUGCUUCUCGGACUCUCCAGAGGAAGCGUGUCGUUGCUGCUGUGGUUGGCAUCGUCAUGGUGUUAGCGCUUAUCAUAGCGAUACCGCUGCUGGUCCAAGCAUCCAAGACGGAUGCACACUACGAGAUGAUGGGCACCUGUCGGAUGAUAUGUGAUCCAUACAACCCCAAACCCAGCGCCAAUGCUCUGGAAGUCAUGCAGGACCUGAGCGCCAUCCCAUCCCCGGCGUUCUCGCAUGGGACUAAAGGCGAUCCGGGUCGGCCGGGGAAACCCGGACCGAGAGGUCCGCCAGGCGAACCGGGUCCACCCGGUCCAAGAGGACCGCCGGGGGACAGGGGGAACUCAGGGAAACCGGCUUUUCCCGGCCUUACCACGGGGGAGUCGGCUAAGGGGACUGUGAGUAGUGCCAGGACAAAGAAUGGCGAGGACCGAGACUCCGCAAUUGGCGGCACAAAAAUCGCAUUUUACUUGGGUCUGAAAAACCCCCACGAGGGAUACGAGGUGCUAAGGUUCGACGACGUGGUGACAAACCUGGGGAACCAUUACGACCCGUCUACCGGCAAGUUCACGUGUCAAGUGUCCGGGAUCUACUACUUUACAUACCAUGUGUUAAUGCGCGGAGGCGACGGGACCAGCAUGUGGGCAGAUUUGUGCAAAAACGGACAGGUCCGCGCCAGUGCGAUAGCCCAAGACGCAGACCAGAACUAUGACUACGCCAGCAACAGUGUAGUGCUUCAUCUAGACUCCGGGGACGAGAUCUACAUCAAGCUGGACGGAGGCAAGGCGCAUGGGGGAAACAACAACAAGUACAGCACGUUUUCCGGUUUCAUUUUGUAUCCGGACUAAACCUAGACAUGCAGGGAUGUGAACUACAUUAUUAGACUCUAUCAUACCUAGAGCAAGAUGCCCGUUGUCCGGGCGCCCCUGUAAGCGGCUGUGCGUCAUUUGUUUGUAUUUGUGGGGUUUGGGGAGCCAAGAUAUGCCAUCCGCCCGUAUACAGAAGACAUUUCCGUGUGAUGUGGUAUAUAUUUGCUUGAAAAUCUGUCUGUUUCCACUCAAGAUAUAUAGCCUAUUAAGAUAUAUAUGUAUCAAAAAUAAGCAACAAAGAUGAAAGUAAGGAGUCAGAUGUCAUAUUUAUUGUUCCACCAAUGUCCGUAUGUUACAAAAAUGUUUUAUGUCUUAUAGUAGCUUAUUCCAGUACACU